AGGGAGCUUGUGGCAGAGGGGGAAGUGCAGUGUAAGGCUUGCAAAGGGAUUGGAAGAGGGUGAGCUGGAAAGAGUGAGCAUCAGGGCAUGGACUGGUAGAAAAUUGGUAGUUGAAGUGCAGGGACAUCAGGUAGCCAUUGACAGAUAAAUAAAUUUACUGGAGCAGGAGUGAGAGUGAAGAUUUAGUGCCAAACUGGCACUUCUGGCUAACUUUAUUUCUUCAAAAGUCAAUUCUGGUGAAAGUAAGUUCAGUUGUGACUGAUUGCCAUGAGUUCAAAUAUUUUCCUCUGAUUUGCUGUUCACUGGGCUGAAGUGAGGGAUGGCUGAGGAAGCCAAGUACAGCAUCAUUCGGGAAGUGGGCCGAGGGAACUAUGGGGUGGUUUAUGAGGCCAUCCUUAACCAAACUAGAAGCAAAGUAGCUGUAAAAAGGAUACACUGUGGUGUCCCCGAAAAUGUAGAACUGGCUCUGCAGGAGUUCUGGGCCCUGCAGAGUAUCCAGAGGCAACACGAAAAUGUGAUCCAGUUGGAGGAGUGUAUCCUGCAGAAUGGCCAAGUCUUUCAGCCCAUUAGUCAUCAUUACAGGAAAUCAGACAGCCACUUGCUACUCAUUGAGACCUGCCUGAAAGGACGGAGGUGCAUGGAUCCCAAAUCAGCCUGCUUUCUGUGGUUUGUGAUGGAGUUCUGUGAUGGUGGCAACAUGAAUGAAUACCUGCUGUCCCGCAGCCCUGAUGCUCAGCUGAACAACAGCUUCAUGCAGCAGCUCAGCAGCGCCGUGGCUUUCCUGCACAGAAACCAGAUAGUGCAUAGAGACCUGAAAUCCGACAAUAUUCUGAUUUCUCAUAGACGUGGAAGUCCCAUAGUAAAGGUGGCAGAUUUUGGUCUCAGCAAGGUGUGUCAGGAGAAAGGGAACGUGAACCGGCAUCGUUUCUCUUCUGCGUGUGGAUCCAACUUCUACAUGGCUCCAGAAGUAUGGGAAGGUCACUACACUGCAAAGGCUGACAUCUUUGCCCUUGGGAUCAUUUUCUGGGCUAUGGUCGAGAGGAUCACCUUCCGAGAUGGGGAUUCUGAGAAGGAAUUGCUUGGAACUUACAUCUGCCAAGGGAAGGAGCUUGUUCCCCUUGGAGAAGCAUUGCUGGAGAACCCCAACAUGAAAUUACAGAUUCCCCUGAAGAAGAAGUCCAUGCCAGGUGAUCUCUGCAAGCUCCUGCACGACAUGCUGGCUUUUAACCCAAAGGAAAGGUUGGAUGCCUUCCAACUAGAAGUCCGAAUCAGGCAGAUCUCCUACGGCAAAAAGCGCCAACGUUCUGUCUCCUAGAGAUGAAGGACAUUCAGAUAUCAUUUCCUGCUGCGAUCUGGAGGCCUCGGAGAUGGUGAAUAACUCUGCCUUCCUUUGGAAUGAGUGGGUCCAUCAGAAGACUGUUGCUGGUGUCCAGUUUUCCCAAACGGUUAUAUUUAAAUGAACAGCAAUUUUAUUUAUUUGUACAGUAAUUUUAAGAGGAGAACUACAAAGUAUCUAUUUUUAUCCAAACCUUCAGUGUUUAAUUCUAUGUUCUUUUAUGCAGCGAGUAGCACAGGUGAGAGCCUGGCUGAUGUGGUCUUGUCUGUCCAGCCACACUCAGCACAGUCCUAGAGCAGUUUCUCAACUUGCUCUUUUUAAAGCAAUCCUUGUGCAACCUUUCACUGCUGUCCUGUGGCUGUGCUUUCAAAGGAUGGCAAAGAAACACGUGGAAACUGCCUUGAAACGGGCUUCUCUGCCCCAUUGCAUGCUGACUGCCUCUCCAGCCCUGGCUUCUCCUUGACAAGGCUGUGUUGCAUGUCCUUGGCACACAAGUUCAUCUUUAGGAGGUUUAAUUGGAGCUUUUUUUUGUGUGUAAUUCUUCACUGCGUGUUGCUUGGCCAUGUAAGCGAGUGAUGUCUGCUGAAUGAGCUGGCAAAGUGUUCAGUGUCUGUUCUGCAAACUAUGAGCAGAAACAAAAAUGUAUUUUCUUCACAGUAGCUUUUGAAUAUUCUUGCUUAGAUUAACUAAAAUGCUUUCUUAAAAUAAAUACAAAGAAUGUUAAA